AUGGUUGGCUAUAGCGGGCCUUACGAAGGGAAUGGGAUGUUCAAGUCCUUUACCAAGACUUGGCACAUUAAGCCUUACCCUUCAAUCUCGCCAUCCCGCCCCGAACUCAGUGCUGCCGGAAAAGUUGUCUUCAUCACGGGUGGUGGUACCGGCAUUGGCAAGGCCACCGCAAUUGCCUAUGCACAGGCCGGUGCCAAAGUUAUCGCCAUUUUCGGACGUCGCGUUGAGAAGCUGCAAUCAGCUGCUGUCGAAAUCAGCAAGGCGAACCUCAAGGGAACCACUACUGUGGUCAUCAAGAGUGCUGAUAUCAGCCAGCGUCUGGCUUUGGAGGACGCCUUCAAGAGCGCUAGCAACGAGGCUGGUGAGGCCAAGGUUGACGUUCUUGUCAACAAUGCUGGUCUCCUCAAGCCGCUAGCUCCUCUUACCACUUGCAGCGAGCAGGAUUUGCGCGACAUGAUCGAGGGCAACUUUAUCGGUUCGUUCAACGUAGUCCAGGCAAUGAUGCCUCUGCUGGCGCCCAAAGCAAAAAUCUUGAAUAUCAACUCGGGCAUUGCACAUAUCAGUGAAAUUCCCGGACACUGGGCUUACGCAUCACUCAAGCUAGCCCUCACCAAGAUGUUCGACUACCUUCAGGCUGAAAAUAUGGACCUCACCGUUUUCAACGUCCAGCCUGGCGUAGUUACAACAGACAUCAACAUGAUUUCUGGUUUCCCAGGGCAGGAUGACGUCGCCCUUCCGGGACAGUUCCAUCUUUGGCUUGCAUCUCCUGAAGCCGAAUUUUUGAAGGGAAAGUAUGUCUGGGUCAAUUGGGAUGUGGACGAACUCAAAGCUCACGCUGAAGAGAUCAGAGAGUCGAAGAUCCUGAAGAUAAUUUUAGGUGGGGUGCCAAUGUAG